AUGGGUAGGAAGAAGGUCGAACUGAAGCGAAUCGAAGACAAGAGCAGUCGCCAGGUGACCUUCUCAAAGAGGCGAAAUGGCUUGAUCAAGAAAGCUCGCGAGCUCUCUGUUCUCUGCGAUGUCGAUGUUGCCGUCCUCGUCUUCUCCAGCCGUGGAAAGCUCUACGAGUACGCUAAUGGAAACAGUUUGGCUAGGAUCCUUGAACGUUAUCAGAGUCAUUUUGAAGCAGAAGGCAAUGCCUCUACAGGUGCUAAUGAAUCAGAGAAUUGUCACUACGAGUAUACAAGAGACUGGACUGAGCUACUGCAGACAGUGCAAAGCCAACUUGAAGGGCAAAAUGAUGAGCAGAUGAGCGUGACUGACCUUGUGCAACUAGAGAGAGAACUUGAUGCUGCCCUGCUUCAAACCAAAUCUAGAAAGAAUCAACUAAUGAUGGAGUCCAUAAGGCAUCUCCAUGAAAAGGAAAGGAUGCUGAGGCAAGAAAAGGAGCUUCUAGAGAAAGAGAUGGAAGCAAUGAGGAAGGAGAAGGAAGAAGGCUGGAAGGAGUGUGCGAUUGGGAACAACCUCGAUCCCUUUAACCCGGAAGAGCCCUGUCCUCAUCAAAGGACAACCCUUUCCUUGCUUAGAGGGUAGGCACCGCUCAUACCCACCGCCAUUGCCACCGCUUAAAAAGGUGUGCUAGGCUUCAGUGGAAGGCCAAGUGUUUGGUGUCUCAACGGCUGAUUGCAAUGACGUUUUAUUACGUGUGUAUGAACUAUAGCUGCCAAGUGGCCGUUCUUGUAUCCGCUCAGUCUCUUUAUUAGUAAUAAGUUUAGUUUCAAAAAACCUAUUCGGCCGAAUCAAGCAGGAGCUGUAUAGCCUGGUGCCCUCUUCCCAUUCGACCACUUCCCCACGGGAAUGUGAUGUGUCAGUUCAUGUUGUAUUUUAUUUACGUGUAUCAUUUGUAACCAUUGAAUGGCAAUCUCCGUUUAAUGUUUUC